AUGAUCCAGUGUGCGGGUUGCGAGAGGCCCAUUCUGGACAGGUUUCUGCUCAACGUGCUGGACCGCGCGUGGCACGCAAAGUGCGUGCAGUGCUGCGACUGCAAAUGCAAUUUAACGGAGAAGUGCUUCUCCAGGGAGGGCAGACUCUACUGUAGGACGGACUUCUUCAGGCGUUUUGGCACUAAGUGCGCAGGCUGCUCACAGGUCAUCUCCCCCACUGACCUGGUACGCAGAGCACGUAGUAAAGUGUUUCACCUCAACUGCUUCACCUGCAUCAUGUGCAACAAACAGCUGUCCACGGGAGAGGAGCUCUACAUCCUGGAGGAGAGCAAGUUCCUCUGCAAAGAGGAUUACCUCAACAACAGCACCGCACUCAAAGACUCCACACACCUCUCAGUGACCGCGUGCAGUGAGCCUAGUUUAUCUCCUGACCCGCAGGAUGUCCAUGAGGACUGUAAGGACUCUGAGGCUGGUCAGCUGUCCGAUAAGGAGACCUGCAGCACGGAGAAUGACGAGCAGACUGCGGGCACUAAGCGGAGAGGCCCGCGCACCACCAUCAAAGCCAAACAGCUCGAGACGCUCAAAGCAGCGUUCGCGGCCACGCCCAAACCCACGCGCCACAUUCGGGAGCAGCUCGCGCAGGAGACCGGCCUCAACAUGAGGGUCAUUCAGGUUUGGUUCCAGAACCGGCGCUCGAAGGAGCGGCGCAUGAAGCAGCUGAGCGCGCUGGGCGCCCGCAGGCACGUGCUGUUCCGUAGCCCGAGGAGGAUGAGGGCGCUGGGGGAGCGCAUGGAGCCCCCAGAGCUCAUGGCUAACGGACACUUCUCUUACUACGGAGAUUAUCAAACUGAAUACUAUGGACCAGGAGGCAACUAUGACUACUUCCCCCAGGGUCCUCCAUCCUCACAGGCUCAGACUCCAGGUGAUCUCGGCUAUGUCCCCUCGUCAGGCCCCACGGGGACCCCUCUGGGGAGCAUGGACCAUCACCAUUCGGCUCAUCAUCCAGCUGGUGAGAGCCAGUGUUUUGGGGAGAUGGUAUCACACCACCCCGGGGACUCCCCCAGUCCGGAGCCCAGCGGCCCCACCUCCAUUCACACCCUCUCCACGGACAUGGGCGGCCCCAUCGCCCCCUUCACCUCCGUGACCUCGCUCGGCGCCAACGGAUACACCAAUCAGCUCUCUCAGCCCUCUUCGGAAAUGAGCGAAGGCACUGUGUGGUAG